UCUCAAAACAGACAUGUUCUUGAAAUUUUUUGGCUCGAUUCCCGUUUACUCAACAAUUCAGUACUCGAUAGCUGUGAUAUCACUACCAGUUCAACUAUUUGGCGUAUACUGUAUUAUCGCAAAGACUCCACCGACAAUGUGUUCUACAAAACUUCAUCUGCUAAAUUUUCUGAUGUGGUCUAUGGCAUAUGAUAUGAUUAUGACCUGUGUGGGUCAACCAUACCUUUUCUCUACUACAAUGGCCGGAAUUCCUUUAGGGUUUUUACACAUGAUAGGUAUAGGGACGGGAGCUCAAAUUUAUUUUGGAAUGACUAUUGCAGCAUUUUGUGCAAUAUCCACAGUUCAGUUAUUCGAGAACCGCUUCUUCGUGCUCUUCGCAGAGAAAACUUGGUGGCGGCAUGUCAGAUACCCGUUCAAAGUGUUCAACAUCACCUUUGGAGUGGCAUUUUAUCUUCCAACUUAUUAUGCUAUGCCUGACCAAUAUCUUCCAAGGCAACAAUUAUUUAUGGUACAUCCUGAGCUUAUUCAAUUUGAUUCGCCUGAAAAUCCUAUAUUCGUUAUGGCUCUCGAUUUUCCGUGGAUCCCAGUGUACUCUCAAAGAGUUUUUACGAUAAUUAUAAUUAUUGAAAUGAUAGUGUUCGGAACAUUGCUACAAGUGAAUAUGAACUGGGCAGUAAGAAAAAUGAUCGUGUCCAAUAAAACUUUACAACUACAACGGGAUUUCGUGAAAUCCAUAAAAUUACAGAUUUUAAUACCACUACUAUUCGUAGUUCUACCUUCUGCUUGGUUGGCUAUAAUGGGAGCAUAUAACAUUUCCGACCAAGGCAGUGGAAAUUUAGCACGUAAUAUAAUCUCCCUACAUGGUGUUUCAUCUACCGUUUUGAUGAUUUAUCUUCAAAAACCGUACCGACAAUAUUUUAAACAGAUCUUUAAUUUCAAGUGAUGCUCUUAAGGAAUGAAUUUUUUAAUUGAAGAAAA